GAAAAACAAAGACCGCAUUGGCAAUGUCUGGGCUUUAGGUCUUUAAAUCCCAUUUAUGAGUGCAGGAUUUAUAAGCAACCUGAAAUGAAGCGCUGCCUGAGAGGCCAAACUCCGGGCAUAAUGUUGUCGCAACAACUGCUUGUGUCACCAAGGAAACGUGAGUUGCGGCGCUAGUUAGCCGCUAACCUCGGACAAGGAGGAGGAGAGAUAUUCAGUGCUGAAUGUUAUUGUGUAACGGGUCAUCUGUAACAUGGCAGAGCUGCACAUUAUAGGUCAGAUCGUCGGGGCCAGUGGUUUCCCGCAGAACAGCCUAUUUUGCAAAUGGGGAGUUCACACGGGAGGAUCAUGGCGUCUUCUGUCUGGGCUGAAGGAGGGUCAGACUCAAGUGGAUAGCCCUCAAAUUGGGGACAUGGCGUACUGGAGUCACCCGAUUGAUCUGCACUACGCGACAAAGGGACUCCAAGGAUGGCCCAAGUUUCACCUCCAAGUGUGGCACCAGGACUCCUUCGGACGCUGCCAGUUGUACGGCUACGGAUAUUGCCAUGUCCCGUCUAGCCCCGGUCAUCACCGCAUAAGUUGUAAGACCUGGAGGCCGCUUGGCUCCUGGCAAGAGCACUUGGCCCAAAUGUUUGUAGGCGGAGGUCCCCAGCUCCGCAGCCCGGACCUCAUCUACAGCGGGGCGGACCGAUACAGACUGCACACCGAAGCCAUGGGGACUGUGGAACUGGAGCUUGGCGUUAUCAUGAGACAUUUUGACAAAUAUGGCGUCGACAGCUAGCAUGGAUGCAAUUGAAAAGACUUUAGGAAGUUGUGAUGGAUUACAUACUGUGCAGGCGGUGGUCCAAUUUGUUUUCAUAAAGGUGUUUUAAGUUUUUGUAAACUGCAUUUGUGUUUUUAUAUUCUGGCUUUAUCAAAAUAAAAAUACU